AUGACUGGUCCUGUGAUUGGCUGUGCGUCAAUAUUACUUCGUUCGAUCGACUUAUAUGUUGAACGAAUAAUCAUUGAUGUUGAACGAAAUAUUCCGCACCCAAGCUAUUCACUGACUAAACUUACUAACGAUAUUGCAUUGAUUAAACUGAAAAUGCCUGCAAAACUCAAUUCUCGUGUAGAGACAAUCUGUUUCCCGGCCAAAGAUUCUAAGCCGAUGAUUGGAUCUUACAGAUGCUAUUUGUCAGGUUGGGGUUCCAUUCAACAUCCAGGGCCAUCGCAUCAUACAUUGCAACAAGCCAUGCUUCCGGUAGUGAGCAAUACCAACUGUUUUAACAGAAACAGCGUUAUUUGUGCCGGAUAUGGAAAGUCCAGUCCAAUAAAUGCAUGCAGAGGUGACAGUGGCGGUCCGUUUGUAUGUCAAAAGAGUGACGGAAGCUGGGAACAACAUGGCGUUGCAAGUUUUGUUGUGGAAUACUGCAAGUACUACACUGCAUUUGCACCGGUUGGUGACUACAUCGAUUGGAUCAAUCAAUAUAUAUCACAAUAAUUUGAACAACAGUUUGAUAAGAGAUGAUCGGCUGAUGCUCAUUUUAUCAUGCUAUGCUCAUUACUAUCGUGUUCAUGAACCUUUCAGAAUCAAAUUUAAUGAAAUAUUCAAGAAUCAAACAAA